ACAGAAAGAGAAGAAAAGAGAGAGUUCUUAACAAUGGAGUCAAGAACCAAGGUUGUUUCAGAGAAUGUUGACCUCAAACAAGAGGAAGCCGAGAACAAAAACAAGAGCAAGAAUAACAAUGGGAAGAAAGAGGCAGCCGUUACUCCUGUUAAUCCUGCUAAUGGCGAAGUAAUUGGUGCUGCCGUUGCUGCUGUUACUACUGAUGACUCUUCAGCUCAUAUCAAGAAGAAGAAGAACAGGGAGAAGAAGAGCAACACUCGCAUUCAAGUCUCCAAUACCAAGAAACCCUUCAUUUUCUACCUCAAUCUUGCCAAGAGUUACCUACAGCAGUACAAUAAAGUUGAACUCUCAGCCUUAGGCAUGGCCAUUCCUACUGUUAUCACAAUUGCUGAGAUUCUGAAACGAGAUGGACUGGUUCAUAACAAGGAAGUGAAGAUAUCUACAGUUAACUCCAAGGAGGAUCACAGGGGUUCUUUCAGUCGGAGACCUAAGAGUCCUCAGAUCCAAAUUAUUCUGGGGAAGGCCGAGAAUCUGAACAAGAUCACGACUGCUGCUGAUGCUGCCACUGAACCUAAGAUGGAAUCUGAUAAGCAAGCCUGACCAAGAAGUUGCACAAUAAUUCUGUUUCUGCGGUUUACUGUAUACAUGUUCUUUUUCAGUUUUGGAAGUUUUUAAUAGAGACGUAUGUGUAGCAAUUAGUGUUUGGAGCUGUUAUUAGAGGAUCUGCUAACAUGAUGAUUUGAUUGAGAUGGGGAGAAUCUGGUAGAGCAGACCUUGUGAAGUCCAACAUCUCUUUGUGUUUUCUGUUGUAGUGUUGUCAUUUUUGUAGGCAAAGUGUUGUUGAGAAACCAAUGAACAGAGCUGUGUUGUUCAUGAUAGAUGUGUAAUUUUCGUUUUACUACAGAGAAAUAGCUGUUUCCAGUUUCCACCA